AUGUACUCCUAUACAGCCAAUGUCACUGGCAGUGACGCCUACUGGAGCAAGCGUCGGAGAGAAUUAGAGGCUAUAAUGCAACAGAAAGGUCUUGGCACGGCUUUUUUUACUGUUAGCUUUGCUGACAAUCACUGGUACGACCUCCAUCGUCUCAUGCCCAACGGUGCAGCUGAACCAAAACUUCGCUACCAGAGUACAAAUGCAAAUUUACAUCUAGCAGACUGGUACUUUUCCGAAAAAUUACGUCUUUUUAUGAAGCAUUUUUUCGGUGGUGUCUUGGAUCACGAAUGGUUUUGGUAUCGUUUCGAGUGGCAAUCAAGAACAGCCAUUCAUGCCCACGGUGUUUUAAAGCUCAAAAACGACCCGGGGAUUGCCGACCUAGUGAUUAAAGUCUAUGCUGGCCGACUUAUGGCGCAAAAACUAGCUGAUCCACAGUACACAGCAAACCUUAGCGAACAAGACGUCCUAGAAAAGCAAGAUCUGGUUGAAGCCGGCAUCCUUGCAGAACUCAAGGUUCUAAAGUAUGCCGAUACUCUGUUGUGUGCCUGUAAUACUCGGUCUGAUCCAGUCAACCCGUUCAAUGCUGAAGUACCAGUUCCCCAUCCGUGUUCAAGCAAUGUCUCGUCAAUUUUGAACGAUGGAGCAGCCAUGGACGACUUUUACGAAAGAUUGGCAAACUGUGUUCAACGUCACGUCUGUCGACCAGACGGUUACUUUAAAUCGAAGGAUGGCAAAUGUCGUUUUCACUUUCCUUUUGAUCUAGUUAGUGAAUCGAGAAUAGUUUUUGAAAAAAUCGGAAACACAGACUCUGUUCGUGCUAAAAUUGUUCUCAAAAGAAACGACAAGUUCAUGAAUGUCCACAACAGAUCAAUGUUGGAACAUUGGUGUGCCAAUGUAGAUCUUCAGCUCAUUCUUGAUCAUCACGCUGCAAUGAACUACAUGGUCAAAUAUGCCAGCAAACAAGAGCGAUCUGGAAACACUUUACAGCAAGUGAUCAAAACGAUUAUCAACAAAGCUGAUGUCACCGACAAUGCUGGCUCCGCAUUUCGCUCCUCAAUAAUUCGUUCCAUUGGCCAUCGUGACAUCGGGAAAGGUGAAGCGUCGCGCAUUUUGUCUUCCGGCCACCACUGUGAAUCAUCCUUCAAUUACGUCAACGUUUCUUUGGACCUGACUGUUAACGAAGUCUACAGAAAUCCAACGACUGGUGAGUUGGAAACUCGACCAACUCUGCUUACCUACUUUGCCAAACGUCAUGUCUACAUUGAACAAAACACCUACCCCAAUUGGAAUCUUGAUCAACCCAAUUUUAUGGAGUUUUGUCGUCACUUCACUGUCGUCAAAGGGAAUCUUAGAAAUAACCCCAAUCCGGACUUGACCAUUGUUUUGACAUUCCCGGUGCAUCGAAAUUCUCCUACGUCAGCUACCUACCAUCUGUUCUGCCGAUAUUCGCUAAUCAAGUUUUUCCCAUGGACGGAAUCAUCUAUUCCAAUCCUUUUGGAUGACAACCUUGUCGUACGCCAAUGGCAAGACUUUCGAUUGACUGCAGCUCAGGAACUGCGCCAAUAUUUCAACUUAGACGAAGAAUUACAAAGUCGAUUAGAUCAGGCAGCUGAUGACCUCCAGGAAGAAGACAACAUUGAAAACGACAACUUUAAUCAACUUGAAUGGCAGCAAGCGGUCGGUAUGCGACCUGCUGGCGUGUGCAUUGGCACAGAGCGUUCUGAUCUACCUGUGAUUGACCGUUCUUUCCCUUGGCUGACUAGUCUUCAGCUUCAUUACACUCCACAUGAAUUGGCCUGUGGAAGCACUUGGGUGGUUAAUCAUCUAACCAACGGAAGAGAUCUCGGCACUGAUUCUACAGAUUUACCGUUUGUCAGUCCCAGUCAACUGAAUCGUUCACAACGAAUGUGGUUCGAUAUGGUUGUUGAGGCUCUGCAAUCUCGGAAACAGUUGUUAUUGAUCGUCAAUGGCACAGCUGGUACUGGCAAAACCUUCACUAUUUCAGCAAUUUCCAGUGCUGUCCCUAAAGAACAUAUCGUCCGUUCGGCCUACACCGCGAAAGCUGCCCAUCUCAUCCGCGGUGAAACUUUGCACAAGAUAUUUCAAAUUCCAGUAGAAAAAGGUCAAGGCACAAAGUUUGGCCCUCUUAAUGGAGCGAAAUUGGCAGCUCUUCAAGAGAAAUUUCGUCAUGUUAAAAUUAUCAUAAUUGACGAAUAUUCAAUGUUGAGCUUGACCAUGCUUGGAAAAAUUGACGCUCGUCUUCGUGAAGCCAAAGGCAACAACCUUUUUUGUGGUGGGCUGACUGUUAUUUUGGUUGGAGAUCCAGCUCAGCUUCCUCCUGUGGCUGCUCCUUCCCUCUAUUCCCAAUCAACAGCACCGUUUGCCAACGAGGGUCGGGCCGCUUACUUGGCUUUCCAAUCCGUCAUCAAGUUGACAGAAGUUCGACGACAACAAGUAGAAGAUGGCGACAUUGACCAGCAAACAUUCCUGGACACACUCAACUCUUUGAGAGAGGGAAACUGUUCCAUAGACCAGUGGAAAUUCCUUCAAGCAAGGAAUCCGGAAGCCAUUGCCAACUUUGGCACUGAUUUUGAAGAUGCGACCUACUUGUUUGCCACCAACGAAGCUGUAAAUCGCAGGAAUUACUUUAAAUUACCACAACUUCAAAUGCCAAUCACCCUACUACGGUCGGAAAAUGUGCCUUCAAGUGGCAAGUCAAAGCCAUCUGAUCAGUUUCGAGGGCUUGAAGUUGAACUGUACCUUGCGAUUGGAGCCCAAGUAACGUUAACAUCCAACAUCAACACGGAUGUGGGUCUCACUAAUGGUGCCAGAGAUGGCCUGAUUAUACCGGUCCUCAAUUCUUCUCUACAACCAUGAAUAACGGCAUUUCAACUCACAACUGUAUACCAAUCCCGGCCAUAUCCAUACGGUCUGAUGACACGAGAGCCGUCCGGAUUCAGUUUCCCCUUCGCCUGGCUUA